AAAUUAAUGCUAAAAGUCAAGCACAGUUUUUUUGUCAUCAGCCCGGCCGUGCAACCUUAUCAGGCAGUGUGGACAAAAAAAUGAAAGUCACUAUCAUUACUUCUUAGCUGAAAAAUCCAUGAAUAUGGAAAUAGGCUUCCCAUUUUGCACUAUUGCCUUUUUUCUCUCCAUUUUUUUCGUUCUAAAAUUGCAAAAUGCAAGAAAUAAAAAACUUCCUCCUAGUCCACCAUCUCUACCAAUUAUUGGACAUCUCCAUCUCCUCAAAUCCCCUAUCCACAAAACUUUUAAAUCGCUUUCAUGCAAAUAUGGUCCCAUUAUUUUCCUCCGUUUUGGGACUUGUCCAGUUAUUGUCAUAUCUUCUCCUUCAAUUGCCGAACAGUGUUUCACAAAAAAUGACAUUAUUUUUGCAAAUCGACCAAAAUCUCUCGUUACUAAACACCUUGGCUAUAACCAGACCACCAUUGGAUUCUCCCCUCACGGUGACCAUUGGCGUAAUCUCCGCCGCAUUGCUAGUAGUCAAAUCUUCUCCACCGUCAGCCUUAACUAUUCCUCCGCCGUCCGUACAGAAGAAGUCCGUUACGUGAUUAAAAAAUUAGUCCUGGAUUACAAAGGAGGAAUUGCCAAGAAAGUGAACUUGAAUUUUUUGUUUGAGAAAUUAGUGUACGAUGUGUUAACAAAGAUGGUCGCAGGUAAACGUUGGAGCGAGUCAACUCAUGAAAUGUUUGGCCCAACUAUGGUUAUGACUAUUUGUGAUUAUUUUCCAGUACUUCAGUGGAUUGGAUUUCAGGGGUUGGAGAAGAAUUUGGUUGAGAUCAAGAAAACAAGAGAUAAAUUUCUUCAAACUCUAAUCGAUGAAUGUCGAAAGAGCAGAGCUGAUGAUUCAUCUUUGGUUGAGCAGAAAAAGACAAUUAUAGACGCUUUGUUAUGUUUACAAAAAGCCCAGCCUGAAUGUUACACUGAUGACAUUAUCAAGGGUGUCAUAAUGGUAAUGUUCACGGCUGGGACACAUACUUCAGCUGUAACAAUGGAGUGGGCAAUGUCACUGUUAUUAAAUCAUCCAGAGGUAAUGAAAAAGGCGAAGCUCGAAAUCAACAACCUCGUUGGAGAAAGGCGUUUUUUAGAGGAAUCGGACAUCCUUAAACUACCCUAUUUACGUUGUAUAAUCAAUGAGACAUUGAGAUUAUUUCCUGCUGGACCGCUUUUAGUGCCUCAUUUUUCAUCACAAGAUUCUAUAAUUGAAGGAUACCAUAUUCCUAAAGGUACAAUACUGUUUGUGAAUGUUUGGGAAAUUCAAAGGGAUCCUAAACUUUGGGAAGAACCAAAUAAGUUUAAGCCAGAGAGAUUUGAAGGAAUGGAAGGGGGAAUUGAAGGGUGUAAGUUUAUACCAUUUGGUAUGGGGAGAAGGGCUUGUCCUGGUUCUGGCCUUGCUAUGAGAUUGAUUGGGCUUGUUUUGGGCUUGUUUAUUCAGUGUUUUGAGUGGCAAAGAGUUGGGCCUGAAUAUGUGGGCUUAGAUGAAAGUUGUGGGCUGAUGUUAAACAAGCGAGAUCCUUUGGAGGCAUUAUACAGGCCCAGAGAAUCCAUGGCCGUAUCACUUUCUCAGCUUUGAGAAGAAAACAAAAACGAGAAGGAAAAAAAAGAGGAGGAAUUUCUACUGACCUAAAAUGAAUCUAAUCAUGGUUUAGUGGUUAUACAAAUGUGAACUAAUUAGUUUGGUAAGCUCAAAUUAAUAUCUUUUUGUUGGUUCGUCAUUUAGUUUGUAUCCCACACAAAAAAGAAGUUAUCUCUCAAUUAAUGAAAAUCAAAGUUAAGUUUCCUCCGUUCA